AUUCCUACUUUACUUAUUUUAAACGUGUCUCUUCAACGCAACGCGAACAUUGUUAAUUUUGGCACCUCCGAGUCUCCGUAGAGGCGGAAGUAGCGUUUCACAACCACCAGGGCCCCGGCGUGACAUUCACCGGGUUGUCAGAGUCAGGGGGUUGUGUAAAGGAGGAGGAAUACGACCACCCGGGUUUGUCAAAAUGAGAGUAUUAAAAGCGGGGUUGUGUUUGGCCAACAGGCAUCUUGUGGCGCCAGGAAGCGUCACUGUUAAAAAGGUGCUCAUCAACAGCUGUCGGUCAUGCUCAUCCGGGAUCUUUCCCAACGAGAGGAUCCGCAACAUCGGGAUCUCCGCUCACAUCGACUCGGGGAAGACCACCCUGACCGAGCGCGUCCUCUUCUACACCGGCAAGAUAGCACACAUUCACGAGGUGAAGGGGAAGGACGGUGUUGGAGCCACCAUGGACUCUAUGGAGCUGGAGAGGCAGAGAGGCAUCACCAUCCAGUCCGCUGCUACAUACACCGAGUGGAAGAACCACAACAUAAACAUCAUUGACACACCAGGUCACGUGGACUUUACCAUCGAAGUGGAGCGAGCGCUGCGGGUGCUGGAUGGAGCCGUGCUGGUCCUGUGUGCGGUGGGGGGAGUCCAGUGUCAGACCCUGACAGUGAACAGACAGAUGAAGCGCUACAACGUCCCCUUCCUCACCUUCAUCAACAAGCUGGACCGCAUGGGCGCCAACCCCGGCCGAGCCCUGCAGCAGAUGAGAACCAAGCUGAGCCACAACGCAGCCUUCGUGAGCAUCCCCAUCGGCCUGGAGGGGAACAUGCGCGGCAUCAUCGACCUUGUAGAGGAGCGGAGCAUCUAUUUCGAAGGACCUUUUGGACAAACUAUCCGCUACAGUGAGAUCCCGGCAGAUUUCCUUGCCGAGGCUGCAGACCGGAGGCAGGAGCUGGUGGAAUGUGUGGCUAACGCUGAUGAAACCUUGGGAGAGAUGUUCCUGGAGGAAAAGAUUCCAACCAAUGAUGACCUGAAGGCUGCGAUCCGCAGGGCCACAGUGCAGCGUCUCUUCACACCGGUGUUGGUGGGCACAGCGUUGAAGAACAAGGGCGUCCAGCCUCUACUGGACGCCGUCCUGGAUUACCUGCCAAACCCUACUGAAGUCAAAAACUAUGCUAUCUUCAAUGACGAAGUUGCCAGCGAAACAUCCAAGAUUCAAAUGGACCCGACAAGAGACUCUACACACCCGUAUGUUGGUCUGGCCUUCAAACUGGAGGCGGGGAGGUUUGGCCAGCUUACGUAUGUGCGGGUGUACCAGGGCUGUCUGAAGAAGGGCGAGUACAUCUACAACACACGCACGAGCAAGAAAGUCAGAGUGCAGAGGCUUGUGCGUCUCCACGCUGACCAGAUGGAGGAUGUGGAUGAGGUUUAUGCAGGAGAUAUUUGUGCUCUGUUUGGUAUUGACUGUGCCAGCGGAGACACUUUUACAUCCAGGACCAGCGCUAACCUCUCCAUGGAGUCAAUUCACGUCCCAGAGGCUGUCAUUUCCAUGUCAAUGAAGCCAGCCAACAAGAAUGAUAUGGAUAAAUUCUCCAAAGGUAUUAACCGUUUCACCAGGGAAGACCCAACUUUUAGAGUGCAUUUUGACACUGAGAGCAAAGAAACCAUCAUCUCGGGAAUGGGAGAGCUGCAUCUUGAAAUCUACUCACAGAGGAUGGAGAGGGAAUACAACUGUCCCUGUGUGAUGGGAAAGCCCAAAGUAGCUUUCAGAGAGACGAUCACCAGCCCUGUACAGUUUGACUUCACUCACAAGAAGCAGAGCGGCGGCUCUGGGCAGUACGGUAAAGUUAUCGGAGUCCUCGAGCCUCUUGAGCCAGAACAUCACACCAAGCUGGAGUUUGAAGACCAGACUGUUGGAACCAACGUCCCGAAGCAGUUUGUACCAGCUGUUGAAAAGGGCUUCAGGGAGGCCUGUGAGAAGGGACCCCUGACUGGACAUAUGAUCUCAGGACUCAAGUUCAUCCUGGAAGAUGGAGCGAAUCACAUGGUGGACUCCAAUGAGCUCUCCUUCAUUCGUGCCGGAGAGGGCGCUCUCAAACAAGCUAUGGAAAAAGCCAACACGGCCAUCCUGGAGCCGAUCAUGUCUGUGGAAAUCGUAGCACCACAGGAGUUUCAGGGGACCGUCAUUGCUGGAGUAAACCGGCGGCAUGGAGUCAUCACAGGACAGGACGGCGCUGAGGGAUACUUCACUCUAUACGCUGAUAUUCCACUAAACGAUAUGUUUGGUUACGCCACAGAACUACGCUCUUCUACUGAAGGAAAAGGGGAGUACACCAUGGAGUACAGCAGAUACCAGCCCUGUCUGCCAGCCUCACAAGAGGAACUCAUCCACAAAUACUUGGAGGCAACAGGACAGCUGCCUGCAAAGAAGAAGUGGAAGAGCUGAACACUGUCAGAUCCACGCAAACGUAUACUACUGGACUUUGACCACCGUCCCUCAUCCUUACACUCAUUUCUGCCCAUCACUAUCCGAGACUCAACAAUAAGGCUUUAAUUUGUGGAGCCAUGAAAACCUUGUUUUGUAGUUUAAGCAAUUUUUCUCCUUAUUGUUUGACCCCUGUGGAAAACAUAUUUAUUACUUUGAUUUAAGCACCAAUUGAUCUUGUUAAUUAAGAAAAGUUAAAUGUUUUGACUUGAGCUUAUAAUGGCUUUUGUACUAUGUACAGAAUGCUCAUGAUGUUACAAUGACUGCAACAAAGAUAUAUAUAUACCCGUCUUUUAAAGUGUAGUUUCAACAACAAACACCCGAUUCCUUUUGUUCAGCAACAUUCUGUGUGUCGUUAUGUGGAUAUUUCACAUUAGCAAUGCACGGAUCAACCACAAAACACCAGAAAAAAAAAGACGAGUAUACA